AUGUCUGGAAAAAGAAAGGGCGGUAAAGGUCUCGGUAAAGGAGGCGCUAAGCGUCACCGCAAAGUGCUCCGCGAUAACAUCCAGGGCAUCACCAAGCCGGCUAUCCGCCGUCUGGCUCGUCGUGGCGGUGUGAAGCGUAUCUCUGGUCUGAUCUACGAAGAGACUCGCGGCGUGCUCAAGGUAUUUCUGGAGAACGUGAUCAGGGACGCUGUCACCUACACCGAGCACGCCAAGAGGAAGACCGUCACCGCCAUGGACGUGGUUUACGCUCUGAAGCGUCAGGGACGAACCCUGUACGGCUUCGGAGGUAACUAUGCCGAGCGCGUUGGCGCCGGUGCUCCCGUCUACUUGGCCGCCGUGUUGGAGUAUCUGACCGCUGAGAUCCUGGAGUUGGCUGGUAACGCCGCUCGCGACAACAAAAAGACCCGUAUCAUCCCUCGUCACCUGCAGUUGGCCGUUCGUAACGACGAGGAGCUCAACAAACUGCUCGGAGGAGUGACCAUCGCUCAGGGUGGCGUUCUGCCCAACAUUCAGGCCGUCCUGCUGCCCAAGAAGACCGAGAAGCCUGCCAAGACCAACGCCACGGAAGGAAAAAAAAAAAAGCUUGUUGUCAUGGCAAGAACCAAGCAGACCGCCCGUAAAUCCACCGGUGGCAAAGCCCCGAGGAAGCAGCUGGCUACCAAGGCUGCCCGGAAAAGCGCUCCGGCCACCGGCGGCGUCAAGAAGCCUCACCGUUACAGGCCCGGCACCGUGGCUCUCCGUGAGAUCCGCCGCUACCAGAAAUCCACAGAGCUGCUGAUCCGCAAGCUGCCCUUCCAGCGCCUGGUGCGGGAGAUCGCUCAGGACUUCAAGACCGAUCUCCGCUUCCAGAGCUCUGCCGUCAUGGCCCUACAGGAGGCCAGCGAGGCUUACUUGGUGGGUCUCUUCGAGGACACGAACUUGUGCGCCAUCCACGCCAAGAGAGUCACCAUCAUGCCUAAAGACAUCCAGCUGGCCCGCCGGAUCCGCGGAGAGCGCGCUUAGAUUCAGCGGAGCGACCACAACUUCCUCAAACACACAAAAGGCUCUUUUAAGAGCCACCAAACUGUUUCAGUCCUAAAGAGUGACUUUUCUAGGAAACUCCGAGCUCUUAAGCGCUGUGAUGUAAAUUUUCCUCAGCAGUUUAUUAAUCUGCCUGUGUUGUGUGGAUCAUGGGACUCGGUAUUUAAAAAUGAGUCAUUGUGAUUUAUUUUUUUUUUCCUCGUUUUUUCCCUUUGUGUUGUGAUGAUAACUCAGCUUAUAAAAUGGUGAAACUUCACAUUCCUGUUUAUACAUAUUUAGUGGCAGUUUAAGCAAAUACGGCGUAAUUAAAUGCAGUGACAAGGCAUGAGGAUGUGAUGUGGGAGGGAAGUGUUUUUUUUUUUUUUUUUUAUUGUGAGAAAAAUGUUGGUUUCUGUUUUUGGCUUUUCUUCCUUUAUGUUCACAUGUGAAUUCAUGAAUACAAGACAUUGUGUUUACAUAUUGCUGCUGUCGGAACAAAACCUUGUAUCUCCAAAAUGGUAAC